AUGUCUGUACUAAGCGACACGCUGCACACUACAAACGGAAGUGAAGAACCCAUGGCUGAAGAUAUGUGUCCCCGAAGGCUGUCAAGGGUGUCACGUUUAAGGGAUAUGUUUCAGAAUGGGAUUGUGAGACCCAUCGAUGAUCCAGAAGAUGGAUAUGGGGUAGAGAGUUCUGCGUUUCCGUCUUAUGCGCGUUCUGAGCCAGAGAGGUUCUCCAGGGCAUUCCCAGGAUCUCCACCUAUGAGAACUCUGCGCCAUCAUCGAUCAAGUUUGACUAAGGAUGAAUCUACACAACAAAGCAUUUCUUCAUCCAGAUCACUUGAUGCAGCGCUCUCUUCAUCUGAGCCUCACUCUCUUCUCCAGUCUCCGCCUAAAAGACCUCCCAAACCUCGCCAUUUGUCGUUAGCCAAGCCUUCAACUCCUGAAGCAGUUAAGCUAAGACCAGUUGCCUCAAAAAUCUCCAGUGAAAAUAAUUCCCAUGUUGAAACUUCAGAACUGGUAAAAAAUUCCAACUAUUCCAUCACUUUCACUAGUCAUAACACUGACAAUCAAUCGUCAACAGUGAAGGCGAACGGCGAUGUACCGCACUUAAAUACUGCUCAAAACCCAACAGUGACUAUAUCUCAUAUGACUUCUACAAAAGUAAAACCACAUCCAGUUCCUAAAGAUCCUGUUGAACAUUUAUCCCAUGCAUCUAUAACUCCAUCAUAUUUGUGUAACAAGAUAGAGAAAUCGGUUGAAAAUUGCUUAAACACUAAAGAUGGUAACUGUCAGUCAGCUGAAACCACUGAAUCACCGAAAGAUUCCUGCCUACAGUCAACACAACCUUUACCCGAUUCAUCCACUGAUCAUCAUGGAAAUUCCUCGGAAAUCCAGGAUUUCGUUCUUCCACAUGAUGCAUUUCACAUGUCUCCAUUGCGUGAAACUGAAUGUAAGGAUAGUUCAGACAAUCUUCCAGUACUACAACAUGCUGAAUCUGUUGCAGUAGGUACCCCAGAUGAUGAAGAUGGUGUAGAUGACAAGAGUGAUAAUAAUGCUGAACACUGUAAUACUGCAAAUUCAUCAGUAAUGAUGAUCAAUGGGUCUCAGUGUACUUCACCUUUCAGUUCAGUGGCUACCCUGCCUAUCCCUAAAGGAUUGAAUGUUGUAGCAGUUGAUGCCGAUGGAGUGCACAUUUUCGAAGAUGGAAAUUUCUUAUAUGCUCUACCGGGUCUAUCAGAGAAGUAUUCAGAUGAUUCCGAUUUUUACGAUUCCCGUGAAGAUGUUGCUAAUGUGACUGAUCUUAAUCCAGCUUACUCUUCUAAUGAUCAAGAUAAUGAAGAACAACGUAAAAAUCCAAACUUUGACAAACUUGUUUCAACUUCUUCGUCUUCCACUUCGUCAAAAGCACAGGCAGCAGACAAAUUAGUCAGUAAGCGUUCUGGUAGUAGUGACAGCCUAGUUAAACAGCCUAGAGUUCGAUUCAGCUCGGAACCUAUUUUAGUAUUCAGCACUCAUUCAACUACAGAUUACAAUCGUCGAAAUGAAGAAAUCGAUCCAUUAUCUGCUUCAGCAGAAUAUGAAUUAGAAAAGCAUCUUGAAGAUAUGGAAAUGUUUGAAAUUGAUUUUCACAAAGGUGCAAAUGGUCUUGGUAUUAGCAUAGUUGGUUCAGGAGUUGACACAUCGUCAGGUGAACAAAAGUUGAGUAUAUUUAUUAAAUCACUUACUCCAGGAGGAGCUGCAGAGGCGGAUGGACGUAUACAAGUUUACGAUCAAAUUGUUCAAGUGGAUGGUCAUAGUCUGGUUGGUGUUUCACAGCAGUUCGCCGCUCAGGUGCUUCAAAAUACUGGAGAUAUUAUUCAUUUUGUUUUAGCUAGAGAAAAAGAUCCGCCUAAUUCGCGUAUUGCGAAAAUUUUAACAGAGAAACACGAAGAGGAAGAAGUAUCAAGGGUGAAUAAAUCACCAGACAAAAGCCAAGAAGUGGUAUCAACGCAAACAGAUGAUGUCACCAAAUUAUCUGGUGGUGAUUCUACUGAAGCUUUGCAUACAUUAAUUGCGGUGGCUACACGAACAUUGAAGCAAGCCAAUGAAUGGGAUGAUGAUGAUGAUAACGACGACGACGACGAUGAUGUAAUAGCACCAGCAGGGGAGAAUGGUGAUGAUUUUGAUUUAGAAUCUCCUUGUAUCGGUAAAUACAUGCUUUCUAAUGAUAUGAAUGAAGUUUCUCCUGCGAGUAGUAUUUUUGAACAGCACAGAAAGUCGAAUAGCAGUGAUAGUAGUUUUAAAAUUUUAAAUGGUAGUCCAGCUGUCUCAGAUCAUCAUCAUUCUAGUCCUCGUUCAGCUCUAAAGGGAACGGCAACUGCAGCGUCAACCCGUCGACGUAAUGAAGCUAUUAUGGAUUAUAUUCGUCAAGCAGUGGCGGUACGAGAUAACGUGUGUUUACCAUCUGAAUUGCUUGAUUGUUAUCCUACUGGUACGAAUAAAGACUCUCCAAGGACCACAAAUUAUGUUAAUAAUGUAUCUUGGGCGCUAGCUAGUGAAUUGCACGACUCUACUACUCAAUUGCGAAAGCUGCAAUCUCGUGUUCGAAAUCUUGAACAACGUCUUACAGCUCAAGAGGCGGCAGCGGAUGAAGCAAUAGAAAGACUUUGUCUACGUUGUCGUCAUUUGGAAUUGGAAUUGAAAGAAUCUCAUCAAAAAAGUACUCAAACAUUAGUAUCUCAACAAAAUUUAACCAAUUAUCAAUUUGAUGUCAAUUCUGACAACUACUCUCUGGGGGAUAGCGAUAUUGGUAAUCCUAGAUAUCAAGCUUCAUCGUUCAAUGCGUCAUCGUAUAAAGAAGAUAACGGAGAAGAGAUAUGCGAAAAUAUUGAUGCUGACUUGACCAAAUGUGAUCGAUUAGAAGAUCUAACUGAUAGUGAUGUCAACAUUUCAUAUACAACUCAUUUAAAUGAUAAUAUACCACCUUAUAGGUGUUUCUCUUAUCAUCAGAAUAAAAUGGAAGAUAGAAAUGAUUUUCACAGUACUGUACAUGAUGUACAGAAUCAUUAUUCAACUACUAUAGAAUUACCAUUUUUUGUGAAACAAGCUCAAGAUCGAACUAGACUUGUCAAUUCUGGUGGUUUAGCUGGUCGACGUCCUCCUACAAGAAUUGUUGUAAAUUCACCACUGGCUCCAUUAACUGAUGCCUCUACAACUUCAUCAUCACAUUCCCAAGUUUUAUCAGUCUUUGAUCCAUUCAAUUCGAAUAACAAUGACUCUUCUGAGGCUAGGUCUUCAAAUUUUACUUCUAAUUCUCCUCGACCUCUACCACCCAAUUCAUUUAUGUUUCACUGCUCUCUGAACAGAAAUCAGUCUUCUCUACAUCAUUCAAAAUCGCAGAUUGAAAGUUCUACUGAUUCAAAAUUACUUCCAAGUCAAUCUCCACCUCCACGUAAGCCAAUCGGCUAUCAAUUGCCAGGACUAGCAGAUAAUUCAUUUACCUGUCAAAAUCUUCAAAUUCAGGGGAACCUGAUUCAUGAAUUUUUUAAUAUUAUUAUUGGAAAGUUCGUCUAUCUAUGCAAAGAAGUGAAGUGCACUUAUGUAAUUGAGUAUAAUAAUGCAUGUACGCUACAAAGUGAAGACAAAUAG